GUGUUCGCCUCCCCUCAGCAUUGCUCGGUGCUCUAUCAUAUCAUAGUUCUCUUUGUGAGAUUUUCAAGCUGCAGAGAUGACCGAUGUCCGACACUCGCUAGAAGCUGACAACCAAAGCCACGGAAAAGAGCCACAAUGUAACCAUUUAACAGACACUAAAAACGGGAAUUGAGCUAUAGCGAUCGACAGAAUGUUCUAGAAUGGUCAUGUGAUGUCCGGAGACCAGUUAUGUCGCAGUUUUAAAAAAAUACUCUGACGUACAUGUCUGUUUCUUAGUUCGUCCGUCGUCGUAAAAAUAAACGUGAUCAAUUGUAAAACAGCAUUUCGGGUAUAAAAACAGAGUGUGGUUUCCGUGGGAUACAUUUUAAAGGAAUAUUUUCUCGGUGUUAGAGGCGCGAGGGGGAAGAAGGGAGCACGUGAGGGGUCUUGUCCAAUGGGAUUGGGCGCUUUCAGCAGGAGGGUAUAAAUACCAGGCGGUUGCCUUGAGAGACAUCCGCCAUUGAUGACUAACCUUUCAAAGAAACAGAGUUAUUUCAAAUGUAUAUGAUGUUAAUUUGUUCUGUUGGCGUUGAAAACUAAGCUCAACAAUCUUUCAGUCGUUUUCUAAGAGGGUUUUUCGGGCGCAAAGCAUCAACAAGAUCCUUCGAUUGGUGAAGUUUUCCAGCAGAGCUCCUCCUGCACUGCAGCGUCUGUCUCAGUUCGGCAGUUUAAACUUUCUUUGUUGUGCCCGAGACGGAAAGUGGCACAGGCAGUGGAAGUGUAAUGCUCGCUGAGCUGCCUAGGCGUAGCUGCAAAAACCCUUUCCAUACUGGUCACCACUCCCUGGAUCAGUUCAGGCGAUGUCUGAUGUGAAACCCCCACAGAAUUUCACCAUGAAUGGGAACCCCCCUCCCCCCGAGUUCAAGAACCCCAAAAAGCCUGGGCGCCUCACCAAUCAGUUGCAGUAUCUAGAAAAAGUGGUGAUUAAGUCCCUGUGGAGACACCACUUCUCCUGGCCUUUCAGGCAGCCUGUGGACGCAGUCAGACUCAAUUUGCCAGAUUAUUAUGCAAUCAUCAAGAACCCAAUGGACUUGAGUACCAUUAAAAAGCGUCUUGAGAACAAUUACUACUGGAAGGCAAUGGAGUGCGUAGAAGACUUCAACACCAUGUUCACAAACUGUUACGUGUACAAUCGGCCAGGAGAUGAUAUUGUUAAAAUGGCUCAAAUGCUUGAGAAGCUUUUUUUGGAGAAGGUGGCAGAGAUGCCUCAGGAUGAGUUUGAGAUCUCUGCUGUGACAAAUAAAGCUCCUCUGAAAGGAGGAAGGAAGUCUACAACAGUGUUAAAGAUGAGGCCACAGUCUCCUGUGUCUGAGGUGGUUUUCCAGCAAACAGUGACUGUCAUCCCUCCAGAUGCUCUACACACAAUUCCCUCCACUCCCUUGUCUGCACAGCUCACAGCCAAAUUGAAAAAUGGCGUGAAAAGAAAAGCAGACACUACUACCCCUUCUGCCUCUUCCAUCAACAGCUGUGAGUCAUCCCCUUGUGUAACAGAACCAAAAGUCCUAAAGUUAUUCUCCAGGCGAGGCAGCGGCCGACCCAUCAAACCUCCCUGUAAAGACCUUCCUGAAUCACCACCACAGCAUCAGGUGGGCAGAAGGACCAAACUCUCUGAGAGACUCAAAUACUGCAGUGCCAUCCUAAAAGAGAUGUUUGCCAAAAAGCAUUCUGCUUAUGCCUGGCCCUUUUAUAAGCCUGUGGAUGCUAAGGCACUGGGCCUUGAUGAUUAUCAUGAAAUCAUUCACCAACCCAUGGAUAUGGGUACCAUAAAAAAAAAGAUGGAAACUCGUGAGUACACGGAUGCAUUGCAAUUUGCUGCAGAUAUGCGGCUCAUGUUCUCAAACUGCUACAAAUACAAUCCACCAGGCCAUGAGGUAGUGGGAAUGGCAAGAAAACUCCAGGAUGUUUUUGAGUUUCGCUUCUCUAAGAUUCCUGAAGAGCCGAGGAAUGCAGCCCCAACCUCGAGUCAGAACAGAGUAAGGAAGGAGAGAGCACACAGUCCGUCCAGCUCUGAGAGCAGUGACAGCGAAUCAUCAUCUCCAUCAGAAGACUCCUCAGACACAGAAGAGGAUGAAGAGGAGAGAGCGCAGAGGCUUGCCAGCUUGGAGGAACAGCUGAAAGCAGUACGAGAGCAGCUGCAGUUACUGACCAAAACACCACUCUUGAAACCAAAGAAAAGGGAAAAAUCCAAGAAGAAGAAGAGGAAGAAAGAGAGAGAGUCCAGUAAGCGAAAAGGUGAAGAAAUAAAGAAAUCUGCAAAAUUACAGAAAAGGUCAAACAGCAGCAAGUCAUCAGGGCGAAAAGAGAGUAGAGCAUGUGACUCUGAAGAAGAGAUGAACACUUUACCCAUGUCUUAUGAGGAGAAACGGCAACUAAGUUUAGACAUUAACAAGCUUCCUGGGGACAAGCUUGGCAAAGUAGUGAACAUCAUCAAGGCGCGAGAACCCCUGCUCAGGGACACAGACCCUGAGGAGAUCGAGAUCGACUUUGAGACUCUUAAACCUUCAACUCUUCGAGCUCUUGAGUGCUACGUUGUAACCUGCCUUCGAAAGAAACCAAAAGAAACCGACAAAAAUAAGUCACAAAAGAAGUCUAAAAUCAAGGAAAUGGAUAAAGACAUGCAACACACAACUGGAGAACCAAACUCCAAUAAAAAGGCCAAAAUUGAAACGGAAGGUGAGUUUAAAGACAUGACCCGUCCGUCUCGUCUGAGUGACAGCAGCAGCAGCUCGUCCAGCUCUGACAGCAGUAGUAGUGACUCUAGCUCCUCUGAUAGCUGUGACUCUGAUUCAGAACAGAAAACUAAGAGGAAGCAAAGCAAAGCCCCUGGCCAUGCCAACAAAAAUAAAAACAAGGCAAUGCGGCAGGCCGUUGCUGAGGUAAAGGACUCUUUUUCUGCCUCAGUCGUGACGAGCCAGUCUCGCCUAACGUCACUAGUCUCAGAGGCAGACUCCAAAGACCUGUUUGCGUCACAGCAAGCAAAGCAUCCUGCCGAGGACACCAUCACAGCAAUCCCAGCCUUACACAGCCGGCUGCCUCCUCAGCCAUCCAGACCUUGUGGCAAAGCUGCCCCACUACCUCGUAAAACCUGGACUGCCCCCUUACCGCUCAGCCCACCUCCAGACCAGGCCCUCAGCCCUUUAUGUAACACUUCCGCCUCCUCCCCCUGUAAAGAAAACACAACCACCUCACCCAAAUGUUCCCACAUUUCAAUCACCCCUCACCCACCCACCUCACUCCUUGCAGACCCAUUGUUCCCCUGUAGUCCCUCGCUCGAUCCCCUUGACCCGCAGGUAUCUCAGGUUGGUCCCCCGUCACCUGCUGCUGCAGAGAAGGCUCCACAUAAGUCUGAGCAGGAAGGCAUCCCUCCUCUUUUGUCACCACUGACUUCACCUCCUGCAGCCAUGCCUAUCACAGGAUCCCAGCCUACCUCCAGCUCUCAGUUCGAGCAAUGUAGAUUGUUGUCACCUCUGCAUGAGAGUCCAUUAACCAAUAUGAGGGAUGAGCAGGGCUGCCCAGAGACACUGGAAGAGCCCUCUGUUCAGCUGCACAAAAUGCACGGUGUGACACUUGAUGCCGGUGAACUAUGCAAGUCUAUUCAAGAUGCCAAAUCCAUCCUGCCUAAAAAGGAUAUUGUCCUAAAGCAUGCUGACUCGUGGACAAGCCUGGGUAAGAUGGCUCCUCAAACUCCUUGCCCCAUCAAAUCAUCCAAGGAAAGUUUUCAGCAGUUUCGCAAAGUUGCCAUGGAGAAAGAGGAACGAGAGAGAGCUCGUAAACUGCAGCUGGAGGCUGGUCGAGAAAAAAGCAGCACAGACAAAAGCGGUCUGACGCAGCAGGUCCAAAAGACCAAGCUGGACUGCCAGCCUUCAAAGCCAGAAGUGGAGUCAGCAGAGCUGCCUCUGAUGGCGGCCAUCUUGGAUACCCCCAAAGCGCCUGAGCCCUGCUCUCUUCCGCAGAGCUCUGUGGACAGAGAACGAGAGAUGGCCCGCAGGAGAGAGCAGGAACGCCGCAGAAGAGAGGCUAUGUCAGGAGUUAUUGAUAUGACCAUGCAGAGUGACAUAAUGGCGACCUUUGAGAAGAACUUGGACUGAAAUAUAAACGAAUAAAAAAUCUGCUUGUUUGUGUUGCGCUUCUGUUCGGUGAACAGUGUAGGCCGUCUUUUCCCUACCCUUACUUGCUCCAUGAGUCCUGGUGACUGAAACGGGUCUUGGUCUUUUGACGGACAAAAAAUACUGCAAUACAGCUGCAUCACUUUACAUUUGUACUAAAUUAGCUCUUGUAAAAAUAAGAAUACAGUAGUGGACAUUGUACAAUGUUGUAAGACCAAUAUUUGCACCAUUAACAGUGUUGAGUGUAUAUUCUUGAGUUUUUGAUAUUUUGGUAAGUUUGAUGCUUGCAUCCAGAAAUGCCUGCACUGAAACGCUGCUGAUUGUCUGAGGCAGUUUUGAAAGAGAAACAUGUCUUGACGUUUCACAACGGUUUUUGUUAUUCUAUAUUUUUGUUUAUAAAGAAGAAUGUUUACUUUUCUUGAUUAUUAUUGCAAUCUGAAUCUUUGACACAUUCCAUCAACUCUUCUGCUGUAUGCAUAUUGCAUAGCUGGUCGUCUUGCGCUAGCUGUUGUCAGAACUGUAAAGGAUAUUCCUAUGCAGGGCCCUGUCCCUGUUUAUCCUCUUAGCUGGUAUUUCAUAUAUUUGACUUGAUGCAGCAAUUUAAACAGAAAAUGUGCUGGUUGCGUUAAACUUGUCCUGUUUAAAUUAUAUAAAUAUAUAUAAAAAAAUAUUUCUGUAGUGUCAGAAAUGUAAGCAUGUGUGUAUAAAUAUUUAGCAUUUUGUUACUGGGGGGGGGGGGGAGACAACCUUGUUUUGUUUUGUUUGUUUUCUUUCUCCUCCAGGUGUCUGCCUUCAACAAAUCAGACUUAUUUAGAGGAGUUAUUGCACUUCCUGUAUUUCUAUUUGUAUCCACUUGGAAGUGCAGUGCCAUAUGUUUCUCUCUUGGAGAUUAUAGGCAGUUCUUUGUGCCUAAAGUUAGUGGGUUCUCCGGAGCCGUGUUGAUUCCAAGAUGUGAUCUGGUGAUUGUACUGCACUGAAAACAUGUUCAAGAUAAUUUCUCGGAGUAUAACUGUUGUGGCAGUUUUCAUCACAAGCACUUUAUUCAUUACACCACCAUGCUGAGGUGUCACAUGCUAGUGAGGGAAAGACAUUAUUUCAAAGAAAUCACAUUCUAAAGUUAAAUCAAUAAAAAAGAAAAAUAAGUAUUUUCAUUAAAA